CAAGAUCUCUUUUCACUCCACCUUUCCACCCACCACUCUCUUGUGUCUCAGUCCCCCGCUCCUAACUAAACACACACAUACCCGCAUGUGUGCGUGUGAGGGUGAACAUUUGUUGUAAUAAAUGGCGCAAUACUAGUAAAGUUCAUCUCCUAUAUUCCCUCACUCAUCCCCAAAUCCCCACUUGCAAUUUGCUUUUCCAUACUCUUCUAAUUUUCUCGCCUGUCAAUUUCUGAAAGCUACUGCUUUUCUAUUUACUGCCCCCAUUUAAUGAAUUAGUUUAUUUCUUGUCCUUUUUUAACCUCUUAUUUUUAAUGUUUUUGCAGAGCCCUCUGUUUUAUUUGACCUUUCACUUCAUCUCUUCAGAUUUUUUUUCACAUUUGUUUUCUUUUCUCCACCAUGUUUUUCGGCACAGUAUUUAGUUGAGGCAGGGCUUGAAGGCAUUUGAAGCUUUUCUUGCUGGGCUCAUUUUUUCGACUUAAAGAGGUUUUUUUUUUUCCUUUAAUCCCUUCAAUUGGCGCUGCUACAAGUGAUUAGAAAGGAGAAAAUCUGUAAAAUAAAAAAAACCGAGGAAAUGAUGAUGCGAAGGAAGUUAGCUUGUUGCGCGAGGGACAUGAGGGAGAUUAGCAUCGACUUUGACGAGCAAGAGAGGAUAAUGACAUACAAUGGGCUCGAGACGUGCAUCCUCAACAGCAGCUCGUACGAGAAUGAUAGUGGGAGUAGUGGGGGCAAUGGGUGUGUGAGUGACUCGUUUGACGAGUACGACUCAGCUUCCUCCUCCAGCACGAGUAACCCAUUUGGCUCGUUUUCCUCUCUCUUCACCUUCAUCAAGAAAGAUGACAGCAAGGACGAGUCCUGGGCCCAGACUAAACACUUUAAGGAAAAACGAGAGCACGACAGCUUUUCAGAUAUGGACACAAUGAAGGAGAAGUUUGCGAAGCUUCUUCUCGGUGAAGAUGUCACUGGUGGGGCCCGCGGUGUUUCGACUGCCCUCGCGCUUUCCAAUGCUGUCACCACUCUUGCCAGGGGAAAAACAGUUUACCCAGCUAAAAAAUGGAAGGAAUGGGAUUCGGUUUUUGUAGCUUCGGUGUUUGGGGAGCUAUGGAAGUUAGAGCCAUUAGCGGAGGAAAGAAAGAGAAAGUGGGGAAGGGAAAUGGAGUGGCUUCUUUCGCCAACAAACUAUAUGGUCGAGCUUGUUCCCGCUAAACAAGAUGGUGCCAAUGGUCGUACGUUGGAGAUAAUGACACCAAAAGCUCGAGGGGACAUCCAUAUGAAUCUGCCCGCCCUCCGCAAGUUGGAUUCCAUGCUUAUUGAAACACUAGAGUCAAUGGUGGACACUGAGUUUUGGUACGCUGAGGUGGGCAGUCGAGCUGAAGGUAGAAGCAGAAAUGGCGGGAAGAGCAUGCGGUGGUGGCUUCCUUCACCGCGGGUCCCAACUGUCGGCCUCUCGGAUAUUGAGAGAAAGAGAUUGCUGCACAAGGGCAAAUUGGUAUAUCAAGUCUUCAAAGCUGCAAAAUCCAUAAAUGAAAAUGUCUUGCUCGAGAUGCCGAUUCCUGCUGCAGUCAAGGAAGCUCUCCCAAAGUCUGGAAAGGCGAGCCUUGGGGAAGAACUCCACAAAAUACUGUGUGCUGAAUCUUUGUCUCCCGAAGAAAUGAUCAACUGCAUGAACCUGAAAUCCGAGCAUGGUGCACUCGAAGCCAUUAACAGACUGGAAGCAGCAAUAUUAGCCUGGAAGGAGAAAAUUGCGGAGCAACACAACAAUGGCAAGUCACCCACUCGGACAUCUUGGUCUUUUGUGAAGGAUUCGCUUUCCGAGCUCGACAGAACGGAGUUGCUAGUGAAGAAGGCCGAGAUGCUUGUACAUCAGCUAAAGAUCAAGUAUCCAAACCUACCUCAGACAUUUCUCGACGUGACAAAAAUACAAUACGGCAAGGAUGUGGGGCACUCGAUUCUUGAAGCGUAUUCGCGUGUGCUGUCAAAUCUAGCUUUUAGUAUUCUCUCACGUAUAGGAGAUAUUUUGCAAGAAGAUGUGAUGAGCAAUCCAAACUCGCCCAUUGCCAUGUCACAUCUUGUGGGGGCUAAAAUCCCCGGGAUUUCAGACAGCCCUGUGCUCGAUCGUGUGAGGCAUUCCCUAAUUCAUCAGCUCAACUGUGCGGACAACAGCAAAACGAAUGAAAGCAAUGGUUAUGAUGUUGAGGAAGCUAAGAUUAGUUCGGUUUGUGGCACGCCUACUCGGAGUCGGGUUUGGUGCAUUGGAAAAGAGGCUUGCCACAGUUUUUCUGCUCAAAAUUCCCCUUAGAUAUAUAUGACCACUGCUAUUUAUUUUCUUAAUGUGUAUAUAUAAUGAGUUGUGUCCUAUUCCUGUAAGAUGUGUGAUUUUGGCCUGCUCACAGAGGAGGAUUAUUGAUAAUAUAUGACUGCCACCCAAACCUUUUUGAACAGAAAGUGAUGCUUUACAUAUCAGCACUACUAAAUUGAAAUGAGAAUCUCUUUCAUUGUAAUUCUCAUAAUUUCAUAUGAAUUGGAGUCGGUCAAUGAGGUCGAAUAUAAAUAAUUUUGAG